GUACCGUAUUUAAUGCCUCAUUUUAUCUUAUAAAUGGAAAAAAAAUGUAUAUUUGCAUCAAACUGAUCUUUUAAAUGUGAAACAGACUGCGUGUUUGUUUGCAGAUAAGAAAUGUUGAUCAUACUUUUAGCUUAAAAAAGCAGAUUUGAUCAUGCAGACAAAGUAAAAGGGGUAAAAACUCUCAAAGGUCAGUACAGAGACCAGUCAAGAGGUUAAACAAUCUGCCACCUGUGUCCUCUCACUUCUCACAACUAUUAUUGACGCCUGCAGGGGGCGCCAGAGGACGUGCAGAGGACAUAGACGGAGCUUCUGUGGUCAUCUCACGUCAAGAAAAUAUCAGUACGUGGAUGGAUCUUAUCGUCACAUAGCAAGUAUGCUGAAGACAGCCACUGUAAUCUGUUGACAAAAAUGUUUUAAGUUUAUGUUUAUUUUAAUAAAAAAAAAAAUAUGCUGCAAAACGUUGUCUUAUGAAAAGUCCUAAAAGAUCUUUAAAAGUAAUUUAAAAUGUGGAUAUAGAUUUAGAAGAACAAUAAAGAUGAUUAAAACAAAUAAGAAAAACAAAAAGAAUUGAUUCUAUUAAAUUCAAAUGUAUUUUAAGAGCUAUUAAAUCCUGAACAUUACUAAAAUAUUUAUUUAUCACAUGAAUUGCAGACCUGUAAACUGUUUUUUUGUCUCAUACAAUCGGUAAAGACAUUUAUUUUUUUCGUAUAUAAAUUGUGACAUGUCUUGUGUUUAUUGUUUUCAAACAACCUUUCAAGAUUUACUUGAAAGAGAAACAUAAUAAAAUAUAAAAACAAUAACAGAAGAAGAAUGUAGUUUUUCCCUCAAAGUGUUUGAUCUAAAUCUUGGAGCGCGUGAGCUGCGGAAAUUUGACAGAAAUGUGCAUAAAGAUAAGAAGAAGGAAAAACUAAAAAAUAAAAGCAUAACGAUUAGAGAGAAAGGGGGAGGGCAGAGGGAAGAGGCAAACAAAAGAGAAUCAAAGCAUGAUAAUAUUCCUAAAUGAAGAGGGAAAUGCUGCCGCGCUCGUUUUAUUAAUCAGACUGUCAAUUUCGCCCAUGAGGCCAAACCCAAGAGCAAUCUAAAACAGACUCAGAUAUCAACUCAGGGACGAGCAGCGCGCUCCUCACUCCUCUCCUCCUCUCCACUUGGAUAAUAUUCGUCUGACCGAAGGCCGCCUCCAUCAUCAAGUGACAGCCCUCUCCUAUUUAUUUGCUUAUAAACCUGUUACAAUAAAUGAUCAUUGGAGCAACGUCAGCCUGCGUUUUACCAGCGAAGCGCCGGCACUUUUGAUGAAUGCUGCUGUGGGGAUGAUGCUGGGCACCUUUUUGAGCUCGUCGAUUGCAUUCAGAUUCUUUCAUUUUUUUGCGCGCUGCUUAUAAAAAGACAGUUAUUUAGAAUCAGUUGCUGAGUUGCAUGCGGAUUUAACUCUGACACAACUCCAGCUUCACCGGACAAGCGCUGCGUGUCCUCCCCCUCCCUCUUUCUCUCUCUUUUUUUUCUUUUUUCUUGAUGAUGGAGAGGAUAAGAAAAGAGAUGAUAUUGAUGGAGAGGGGUCUGCACAGUCCUGUCGCGGGGAAGAGGCUCGCAGACGUGCCGGGAAAUUCCGUCCUGGAGGCCCUGGAAAACUCUCAGCAUGGCGGACGACUGAGCCCGAGAAUAACUUCGGCUUCUCUGCACGGAAAUCUUGGGGACAUCCCGACUAAAAGCAAAUUUGAAAUUGACAGCCUUUUUGGCACACACCAUAACAGCGAGAACAGCGCGUCGGUGGAGAUCUCCUCGUCGGAAAGCAGGAAGAAAAUGAGCCUUUACUCCGAAGUUUCGCAAGAAUCCGACAUUAACAGCGAUGUGGAGGUGGGAUGCCCUGCGCAUCGCUCCCCCAGCCAGCACAAGGAAAACAACAAAGGUUUUUCAGACAGUAACUCUGCGUCGUCCAACACGAGCUCAAACUCCCUCCAGAGCAUGAACGGCUCCACGGGGGGAUCAAACAAUUCAAACAGCGACCAGGUCAGGAGGUAUCGGACUGCUUUCACCCGAGAACAAAUAGGCAGACUGGAAAAGGAGUUUUACCGGGAGAAUUACGUAUCGAGGCCGAGGAGGUGUGAACUGGCCGCUGCGCUAAACCUGCCCGAAACGACGAUUAAGGUGUGGUUCCAGAACAGGCGGAUGAAGGACAAACGGCAGCGCUUGGCCAUGUCUUGGCCCCAUCCGGCAGACCCCAGCUUCUACACCUACAUGAUGACGCACGCUGCAGCCACAGGAAGUCUGCCUUAUCCUUUCCACUCGCACAUGCCUCUACAUUACUACCCUCACGUCGGUGUCACGGCAGCAGCAGCGGCCGCCGCAGCCUCCGGCGCAGCCUCGUCACCUUUCGCCACUUCCAUCCGCCCCCUCGACACCUUCAGAGCGCUGUCCCAUCCAUACUCCCGACCAGAGCUCCUGUGCAGCUUCAGACACCCGGGACUGUACCAGUCACCAGCUGGCCUCAACAGCUCCGCGGCGGCAUCUGCGGCAGCGGCGGCUGCAGCGGCGGCGGCGGCGGUUAGCGCGCCGUCGGCCACGGGGCCCUGCUCCUGCCUGAGCUGCCACAGCAGCCAGGCGACGAGCGCGCUGGGCUCCAGGAGCGCAAGCGCUGACUUUACGUGCACAGCCUCCGCGCAAAGAUCCGAGAGUGGAUUUCUGCCGUACUCUGCUGCGGUUCUCAGCAAGACCUCAGUCCCAUCACCAGACCAACGGGAGGAAACUUCACUUAACAGAUAGGCCAAACCUUACAAAUACUAGCCAACACGACCAUUUCAUAUUUUUCUUAUGGGCCUAUUUUGAAAACAAUGCGUCCGGGUAAAGCAUUACAACCUAUUUUACUUUUUGCAACUUUCAAAUUUUUUUAUAAAUGCCCCCCUCCCACUCCCCUCGUUGUACAAAUAGACCCACUGUAAUUCAUUCUGACCCCAUGCCUCAAAAUUGUCAUUUCAAAUGAAUGCGUAAAAACGCACAAAUGAACUGUUUCAUUCAAAUUUAAACUAUCCAACGGCAUUCCUCUGUAAAGCACAAACAUGGUCUAAUUUUGCUAUCAACAUUAGACAGAAAUGUCCACUUUUCGUUCAGCAGCAUAUCUUUCUUCACUAAGUCUAAUAAACUGAGGUUUUUUUGGCAGCAAUAGCUUCUCCAGCACCCACUCUCUGCUCUGUGGGGACACCCCUAACCAGCAAGAAGGUGCAUAUAAUUUUGCGCUGUGUCUUUUUUUCUGACAAUUUUUAUGUUAAUAAUGAGAGGAUCAUGACAAAAAUUGCCAAUCAUGUACCUAGAUGGAGCUUCUUUGAAUACAUGACUGUAAGAAAGUUCCUCGUUUUGAGACCCGCUGUCAAGUGCUAACAACCCGCGGAGGGAAGUCAUUAGACAUACAAAAGACCUGGAACAAAGCGACAGUCCUGGCGCACAGAACGCACGCUGUAACCAUACUGUCUGACACUUGGAGGGUUUCAGGCACGAACGAAUCCUUCGGAGAGGCCCGAAAUAUUUUUAUUCUGAUAAUGGGGAUUAUUUCGGCACACACAGCAGCCUUCGUUUGGUGAACCUCUUUAUAUCAAUCUGGAUUUUUUCGCAGGUCUGUAGUCCCUGAAGGCGAAAGUUCAGCCUGACUUUACCGUCUGUCUGCGCCUGUAAAAAUGGCAAUGUGUGUUUUCUGAUGGGAUUUCACCAGAAGGCAUGCACAAUUAAAAUAUAAAAUAUUUUGGAAAUACGACCCUGUUUACCCGGGUUUCAUCAAUUGAAAACGCAGCAACUGUAAAUGGGCAAUUUUUCAAAUAUUUAUUUUCCUUUCUUUUUUGUGACUUGCUGAAUGUUUUUAUGCGUAAACACUGGAUUCACGCUAAAAGAGCCUAUCAAAUCGGCUUGUAAAUUUACCAAGAUUUCCCAACAGGUUUUUUUCUUAUUAUUAAAAUAAAAAAAUCUAAAAAAUUAAGGAUUUUUUUAAGGUUUACACUGAAGAGGCUUAAAAAGGCUAACAAACGGCCACUGAAAUUAAACGCCUUUUCCCCUUAGGUCUAUGUUUUAACUCUAUAUCUCUGUAUUAAAAAAUAUCCGUGGCUGUAUGAAUUUAAAUAAUUUAACUUGGAAAAAAAUGUGCAAUAUGAAAUGUAAAUCAUGUUAUUUAUUGAUCGUGUUUGUUCUUGGAAAAUAAAUAAAAAAAUGUCUUUA